AUGAGCAUCGGUAAAACUAUUUACGUGGAUAAAGAGCUUGGGGAGAACAUGCGAAGCGUUUCGCAGAUUCGGACGAUGAGUGCCCUCAUCGCCGGUGUUGGGGCAGGGGUGCUGGGCUUGACCGGUGUCGCAGGCGCAUUAUAUUUCUUCGUGGCCGCUGCAUUCACAUCUCUAAUGAUAAUGAAUGUAGGCUGCGAGGGUACACCCGAGCGGUAUUUUCCCUCUGGGAAGAAAGGGCUCUUUUCGUUUGGAAGUCUUACAAGCGGUGCUAUGACUUUCAUCUUGGCUUGGACGGUGGCGUAUGACGCAAUUUACAUAUUCUAA